UCUCACUCUUCUUCUUCUUCCCUCCCUUCCCCAAACCAAAAAACUAUAUAUAAAAAAAAAAAUCUUUUAUUCAAACUCGCCAAUCUCUCCAACACAAAAGUCAAAAUUCCACAUUCCCAAUUUCCUUCUAAAUUCCAUUUCCCCAGAGUUUCUGUUCCGUCUGAGCUGUCAUCUCCCUUUACACUACCGAAAAUCACUUUCCCAAAUUGUCUCAUCAAACAAAACAAUCAAAGUUCCAAACUUUCCCAAAUUUUUCUUUGAAUUAAAUCCUUUUCUUUGAUUUGGGGAUGAAUUUAAUUGGGAUUUGAUCAAUUGGGAAAUGGAGAACAGUGGAGAAGCAGCAGAUGAUGAGGGCUCUGGAUGGUUCGAAGUGAAAAAGAAAAACAGAAGUAGCUCAAAGUUCUCUCUACAGAGUUGGGUUGGGGGGUUUUCUGGAAAAAAUGCUUCUAACCAUUCGAGUAGUCGGACCUCUACAAGUGAAAGCAGUGGUUAUUCUCGGGACAAGCGCAGAUCCCAGCCUCCAAAGGCACCGGGAAAUUAUGGUGUAUAUAGCCGGGGAAGUGAUGCGAAUUCUAUUGCUGUCCCAAAUGAAAAGAAACCGGGUGCUCCCUAUCACGAUAUCUGUGUUAUUAAGCAAGAUACUGGAUGUCCUAAGCCACCUCCUUCCUUUGUUACAAAUUCUGAUGAUGGAACUAUAGAUGCUGAGAAAUCCCUGCAAACGAUAACUCUGAAGUAGUUGCUAAAAUCAAGUGGGGGGAUCUCGAGGGCGAUGGUUUGGCACUCCCUUGUGCUAACCUUGUCGGUGCCAAAAUCAAGUUUGGUGCUAUCGGAGAUGAUAAUCUGGUGGUCUCGAGUGAGCAUGGAAAUGGUCAUAAGUUUGUUUCCUCUACAAAUUUACAAAAAAACACAUUGGUUGCAGAAUCUGUGGAUGCUAAGGACCAAUUAUGUGAAGAUAAAUGUAAAGAGGUGAAUAUAAUCUCUUCUGAAAAGACUGAAGAGCCAAUUUUGAAUGAAAAAAGGCUUGAUCUUGAUAACAGUACUUCGAAUUGCAAGGAUAUAGAUACUGAACACGUUGAAGUAGUAGCUGAUGAUGGUUUAAGUGCCAGUCCUUUAGCUGGUGAAGAGGCUGCGACGGUGGAGAAAUGUCAGACACCUGUUGUUCUACCUGAGGUAGGUGACCAUGAAAUUCCUGAAGUAUCAGUGAUAACUGGGGAUUCAAUUGAAGUUCAUGUUUCCGAAGAUAAAGGGUUAAUUCCACCAAAGAGGGAUCAUGGAAUUUCUGAGGUGUCUACUUACACAGCCUCCGAUGAGGACCAUGAGGGUACACAAUGUGGUAUGAUACAUGAUAUGUCAAACUCACAAAAUAUGAGUGCUCUUGGAGAAUGUGACACAGAUGAAAGCAAAGAAAGGUUUAGGCAGCGGCUUUGGUGCUUUCUUUUUGAGAAUCUCAACAGGGCUGUGGAUGAACUUUAUCUUCUUUGCGAACUAGAAUGCGAUGUAGAGCAGAUGAAAGAGGCAAUUCUUGUUCUUGAAGAGGCUGCCUCUGAUUUUCGAGAUCUAAGCACUAGAGUGGAAGACUUUGAGGAAAUAAAAAGGUCGUCAUCCCAGAUAAUUGAUGGUGUGCCCAUUACCUUGAAGAGCGACCACCGUAGGCCGCAUGCUCUCUCAUGGGAGGUUAGAAGAAUGACAACUUCAGCACACAAAGCUGAAAUACUAUCGUCAUCUUGAGGCGUUUAAGAAAAUUCAACAAGAAAGAGCUAGCUUGUGUGCAACUACUGAUGAUAAACUUUUGGGGCCUCAGUACCUAAAUCUCCGAUGUGGUGAUAAGCUGAAUAAGUUAUCUGCCAUAAAUGAUGGGAAAUUUAAUACUAAAGAUUCAAUAAAGAAGUCAGGAAAGCAGAAUGGAGGUUCGGAUCUUGCUGAAGCUGACAUAAAUGGAGGAAAAGGCAAUACUGAGUCAAGCUGUUCGAGCAAACAAACUUGGUACAAAGUGCACGUGCCCCGCAUAAUGCAUCUUCCUCUGUUGUUAAUGCAUCUAGGCUGCCUCCUAGGGAUAGUUCUGCUGCUGGAAAGACUAAGAGUAAACAGUUUGGAUCCGAAGCCGAGAGGCUGCUCCCUAAGAAAGAUAAAUUGUCAACAGAAGGUGGUGUUGAAAAAUUCCCCAGAUUGACGGAUCAAUCCAAAAAGGAAAUUCCUCUAUUUGAGAAAGAUAAAGAAAAGAGGAACUCAGCUCCAUGGAAAUCUAUGGAUGCUUGGAAAGAGAAGAGGAACUGGGAGGACGUACUUUCCUCUCCUUCCCGUGUCUCUUCUCGUGUUUCACGUUCACCUGGAAUGAGGAGGAAAAGUGCUGACCGUGCACGUAUGCUGCAUUAUAAACUAAUGUCUCCUGAGAAGAAGAAGAAAACUGCUCUCGAUCUGAAGAGAGAAGCAGAAGAAAAACAUGCUCGUGCUCUGAGAAUUAAAAGUGAGCUAGAUAAUGAGAGAGCUCAAAAACUUCAUCGUAAUUCAGAAAAGGUGUAUCGAGCUAGUGAAUUUCACGUUGUUCGCAACAUGAAGUUACGUGAAGGAAUAUAUGCUCGUCAUCAACGCAGCGAGUCUCGCCACGAAGCUUUUCUGGCUCAAGUUGUAAAGAGAGCUGGUGAUGAAAGCAGUAAAGUUAAUGAGGUUCGUUUCAUAACUUCCUUAAAUGAAGAAAAUAAAAAACUUAGUUUGCGCCAGAAGCUUCAUGAUUCAGAGUUGAGGAGAGCUGAAAAACUUCAAGUGAUAAGAACUAAACAGAAAGAGGAUAUGGCAAGAGAAGAAGCUGUUUUAGAACGGAGGAAACUCAUCGAAGCUGAAAAGUUGCAGCGUCUUGCUGAGACACAGAAAAGAAAGGAAGAGGCUCUAGUUAGAAGAGAAGAGGAACGCAAAGCAUCAAGUGCAGCCCGUGAAGCAAGGGCCAUGGAACAACUUCGUAGGAAGGAGGAAAGAGCCAAAGCUCAGCAGGAGGAGGCUGAACUUCUGGCCCAGAAAUUGGCUGAGAGACUUAGUGAAAGUGAGCAACGCCGAAAGUUUUACCUGGAGCAGAUACGAGAGAGAGCUUCUAUGGAUUUCAGGGAUCAAUCUUCGCCUUUAUUCCGCCGAACUCUGAACAAGGAGGGUCAGGGAAGAUCUUCAUCGGUCAACAAUGGUGAUGAGUAUCAAGGGACCAACUUCUCAGGCUUAGGAGGUUCUACUAUUGUGGCAAGCAAUGUUACAGCACAGCAUUCAAUGAAGCGGAGAAUCAAAAGAAUUCGGCAAAGACUUAUGGCUCUAAAAUAUGAUUUUCCCGAGCCUCCUGCUGGUGCUGAAAAUGCUGGCAUUGGAUACAGAACGGCUGUGGGAACUGCAAGGGCAAAGAUUGGAAGAUGGCUUCAAGAACUUAAAACACUCCGGCAGGCAAGAAAAGAAGGGGCUGCAAGUAUUGGGUUAAUAAUUGCUGAAAUGAUCAAGUAUUUGGAGGGAAAGGAGCCUGAACUGCAGGCUUCCCGCCAAGCUGGUUUGCUUGAUUUCAUAGCUUCUACUUUACCUGCUUCUCAUACAUCAAAACCUGAAGCCUGCCAAGUGACAAUACACCUUUUAAAGCUUUUGAGGGUAGUGUUAUCAGUGCCUGCAAACAGGAGUUAUUUUCUCAUACAGAAUCUCUUACCUCCUAUCAUCCCGAUGCUGGCAGCAGCCCUCGAGAGCUACAUAAAGAUGGCAGUAUCCUUGAACCUUUCGGCUAAUGUUAAUUCCCUAUCAAGCAAAACCUCAGCUGAAAAUUUUGAAUCGAUGUCUGAGGUUCUGGAUGGUUAUUUAUGGACUGUGACAACAAUCAUCAGUCAUAUAAGUUCAGAUGAACGACAGCUCCAAAUGCGGGAUGGCUUGCUUGAGCUGUUGAUUGCUUACCAAGUUAUUCAACGGCUGCGAGAUCUCUUUGCACUUUAUGAUCGGCCCCAGGUGGAAGGGUCUCCAUUUCCAUCUUCAAUUCUCUUAAGUAUAAAUUUGUUGGUCGUUUUAACAUCCAGAUCUGAAAUCAAUUGCUCUAUUGAUUGGGAAUCUGUGCCUAUUGAAACAAUGGUAGGAAAUGGAUGCGAAGAGGCUAAAUUUGCGGUGGGUGACAGCAUUGAAUUUCUUCCUAUCACUCAGUCCUUGGGAGAUUCUAGACCUCCAUUCUCUUUCGUCAGUGGUGGGAAAGCUGUACAUCUACUAGAUGUACCCGAGGAAAGUCCAUUAAAUGAAUCAUGUCUGAUAAAUAAGUCUGCUGAGUCAGUAUCCUUCAUUAAGGAUAGCGAGAAAGAGCAGUCUAGUAGUUUGGUAGAAGGCAGGAAUGCUAACACAAUCAGCACAGAUGUUCCAGAUGAACCCCAGAAGAUUCCAGUAGUGGAUAUUAUGGAGCCUUUAGCAUCACAAAAGGAUGAGAAACCCUUGGUAGUUAACGGUGCAGAACAAAAGAAUGAAAACAUUGUGAGUGCAGAGCAACCGGUAGUGUUUCUUCUUUCUGCUGUAUCAGAGACUGGGCUUGUCAGCCUCCCUUCUCUGUUGACAUCUGUCCUACUGCAGGCAAACAAUAGAUUGGCUUCUGAACAGACCUCAGAUGCCCUUCCCUCUAAUUUUGAAGACGUGGCAACUGGAGUACUGAAGGUGUUGAAUAAUUUGGCUCUUUUGGAUCUUAAAUUCAUGCAGAGAAUGCUAGCUAGGCCAGACCUGAAAAUGGAAUUUUUCCACUUGAUGAGUUUCCUUAUUUCGCAUUGCACCAGCAAGUGGAAAGCAGCUAAUGAUCAGGUGGGGUUUCUUCUGCUGGAAUCUCUUUUGCUCCUUGGCCACUUUGCCUUGUUCCAUCUCGGAAAUCAGGCUGUCCUUCGUUGGGGAAAGAGUCCUACCAUCAUUCACAAGGUAUGCGAUUUACCGUUUGUAUUCUUCAGUGACCCUGAGUUGAUGCCAAUCUUGGCUGGUACACUGGUUGGUGCCUGUUAUGGGUGUGAGCAGAACAAGGGUGUUGUUCAACAGGAAAUCAGUACGGAUAUGUUACUCUCAUUGUUACGAUCUUGUAGAAAUGUCUUGCCGUCAGUUAAAUCCAAUUCAAACUUGGACAAUUCCCAAGCAGAUAGUGUUCCCCUAAGAUCCGGGCGCAACAAUGCCAAGAGCACCAUAAGCACUAGGCUUUCUUCAGUGAAGGGUGGUGCUUCAGGAAACAGCUUGAGAAUUGGCGGCAAGAUGAAAAGCCAUAGAGAAAGCAAAGCAACAAAGAGUCCCGGAGAGACGGCUGAGAAGGAUAAUCUUCCAGUUUCGGACACUUCCUCCGUGAUGUUGCACUCUAGAUUUCCUAUCAGCUUCAUCGAUAGAGCAGAAGACUUCUUUUCCACCGGGACCCCUGGCGUCGAUGAGGUAUGAGCUCAUGCACCGAAGAGUUAUCCUUACGACAGAUGACAUCUUAGUUGUGUACGUGUGUGUGCAUACUGAAUUUUGUUUCUUUGGCAUUCUGGCGUCAUUUUCGAGUUGGAACAUUCAAUCCGAAAUUUUGAAACAGCUACGGGAUUUACAAAUGUUAGGCAUUGCCAGCAAAGGGUUAAAAACUCUUUGGUGUUGAGCGAGUUAAGCGAAAGAAAUAAGUUACGAAACUUUUUAACUUAUCGAAAACCUGUAUCCUUGUUGGCCAUAUCAGAUUGUUGAAUGGCAACAGAUCACACACACACAUGUUUAGAACACCAAGCAGACUAAAUUGUUUGCCUCUGUGUACAGAAUUGACAGUUUGAACAAUAAAGGAUGCUUCUAUGUUCGGUUUUUUCUUGUUA